GAGAAGGUACCUAUAAUAGAGUACAGUAAAGCCUGUGCGGACAACACACGAGCGAACAGUAACCAAGCUCUAUGGAUCGGCCUAACAUCAAUAUCAUGACAGACUAGCUGAACAUUCCGAACAAGGUGGACUGGACCACCACGGAUUUCAAAUCCAUCCCCAUCAAAACUGGGUGCAUUAAUUUGCUCAUUGUUAGAAGUAUUACUGUCAUCACAAAGCGGAACCUAUUCUCAACGACAGCGAUAUGACUUGAAAAGCAGUGAGUGCAUAGUUGAACCAGUUAUGAGGGCCCAUCUAUCCCUUCACUUCAUUGCGACCGGACCCAGUGAAUGUGAUGAUGUCUAGGACGACCAUUUGCAGCCAUCGUUCCAUCGCCAUGAGGCUCUUUCAGCCGUUCUCUAUCACCAUCGAGGAUGGCUGGUCCUGUUAGGCCUGGUGCCUGUCUCGAGGAAAGAGCUCAUGCGUGUGGCCGGAACGAAACCCGAUGUCACACCCAAUUGACAAUAGCAUCAUGGCUUCAAAAAGUGGACGACAAUCUGGGGCCCUCAUGGAAUCUGCCAUCAGUCCGGAACAGAGCCACCCCAAAAGCCAGCUCAGAAAACGGAAACGCUUAAACGCAGUUUUAGACAAACUCACCAACAACCUCCGACAAAACAAUAGUGAUACUGACGAUAGUGGAAAUAACAACGUGAACAUGUUUAAUCGAACUAGUGAAGAUAGCAAUUCGGAGAAAAAGGUCUCACCCACUAAUUAUUCCGAUCUUCCGUCCAACUUCUAUAAAUCUUCGUACAGCCCCCGGAAACUUAGUAAUGCGGCACUCAGACGGGAACAAUGGCGAGAUAACCAACAACAAUCUGUGGACGACAAUGGCCAGCCUUUCUGCUCCCUUGGGUCGUCAACGGGGCGAUGUCUUUCAAAUCAACCAUCGGGCGAAGUGUUUAAAUUCGAUUCUUUUGAUAAAGACCGAUAUGGCCCAGGGUCCUGUUCAUCAAAAGAUGAAUUGGGACCAACACACAUUGGCUCAUCCUACCUAGGCCCAAAUGUGAAUAAUCCACCCCCCGGGGAAGAAGUGGCAGAGGGCGAAUUGUUCUCGCCAAUCAGUGGGCGUUCACCUCAUUCCUCUUUGUCUUCUCCUCAAGUAAGCACCGAGUCUCCCCGGAUUUGCUUCUCGCCAUUGAGAAUCAAAGACUCCAUUGAGGAGGAGGAGGAUCCAAAUGCUGGCAUGGUGUUAAACACACUUCCCAAACUGAGUGUCCGAGGCUGCGAUAGCGAUGACCAUUGUUCAAGCCGAGCCCAAGUGUGGACAGAUCAAACUUCAAACCUUCAACCGCGUCACUUGUUCACCUCAGGCUUCCCGACCUCCCUAAGUGGGCCAAUUUCCCCCAACACCCCCGCCAUGUGCACCACUCCUAGUUCCCCCUCCACCACGCCUUUGCAUAAUCUCAAGCAUUUGCCCCUUCACAUAACUGAAGCAUAUCGACGCCGAUGCUUAUCAGACACCGAUCUCAGCGCUAGUCUGGAAGACUUGCCCCGAAGUAGGCGAUAUCGGCCUUCGCACAUUGCCAACGACAGGGUGAGAGGUUUGGCAGGUCCCUUGCCAAUUACCACCUCCAGCAGUGCAACAACGGGUUCCUCAUCUACGGGGGUCACGAAUAACUCCGCCCGCUAUUUGACUUUGCCAUCAAAAGGUGACUCACUUGAGUCGGAGGCCUCUUCAACAACUACCCAAGAAUCUCCUCUGGAUUUAUCGGUUCGAAAUAGUAUUCUGGGUCCAUUAACGCCCACCAGGAGAUCCGCUUUAAUGUCUGGCGGUAGUGUGGACAACAUUCAAAAUGCUCGAGGACGUGGCAAGUCCUUGACUCGUGGAUCCAGGGGACUCCUACGUGGUACCGUUAGUGCCGAACGAUAUCCAGACCGAUUUUCUUUAGACCGUUUGGACAUCAGUCCGGUGGUGGAGGCGGUAUCCGGAGCCAGUAAUGAUGUGGCAUAUGUGUGUCCAAUCUGUGGCCAAAUGUUUUCCUUACAUGAUCGUCUGGCCAAACACAUGGCUUCUCGACACAAAUCUCGUUCUACAGAUAGUGGAACUAAAGCCUAUGGUUGUGAUGUAUGCAAACGAUCCUUUGCCCGCUCUGACAUGCUGACGAGGCACAUGCGGCUCCAUACUGGGGUCAAGCCCUAUACCUGUCGGGUCUGCGGGCAAGUUUUUUCGCGUUCUGAUCAUCUCUCCACCCAUCAACGAACCCAUACGGGGGAGAAACCCUAUCGUUGUCCAAGUUGUCCCUAUGCAGCCUGCCGGAGGGACAUGAUCACUCGGCACAUGAGAACCCACGCCCGUUAUGAGCUCCAAGAAUCGACGAGUGUCGAAGAGGGCAAUUCCAUCGGCGACACGGAUUCCCCAAUGUCCGUGGGCUCUGGCCUAAUUACUUCCAGAUCUGUGUCCAGCGAAUCAGCAGACCCUCCAGGUUCACAACGGAACAAAAUUGGGUCCUCCUCAUCUUCAACAACCAACCUCCCUCCACAAAGCCCCAUGGAAACAGACCCGACUUGUCAUGACUAUUUUUCGAAGACCGGCGACUUGUGACCAGAAUACUCAAAAGACAUUACUAUUCCAUUUACGAAAUAACUGCUUAGUCAAGAGCUCUACGCCGAGCUCCGCUCAUUGAUGAUCUCUCACAAUCAAUAUCUAGAGCCCCUCGGUCAUUGGAAUUCAAGCCAAGCCCUGUUCUAUGGUGUCGUCGCCCAAAAUAUGUGUAGUUUAAGGGCACAUAAGUACGACGUUACUUUUUUUCCCUUUGUUAUCCUGAUAUUAUUGACAAAAGCCACCCCAAUGACCUAUGAUCUCAUGGACAGAACUUAUUGUUUACUGUCGCAUUUAAAAAAAAAGGUUCAAAUCGAGCCCCGGCUUUGUAGUAGGUAUUUGGCCCGAAACGCUGACAUUGACAGUGUCCACCGGCAUCAUGAUAGUCUUAUGCAAAAUGUCUAUCAGAGGACUAUAACAAUCCAACAGAUCCCUUCUCGUUCGUUUUGCAAAUAACAAAGCCAUAGGAGCACAACUAUCCCCGACCCUUUCUCUAAAUCUCGAAACCAAAAGUACAAUCAGAGUCUGUUCGUGAUUCUGUGGAAAACGUUCCAACCAUGUUACCUUGAGUUUAAAUGUGAUAGAAAAGUUUCAGACGGAAGUAGCAUUUUGCAGUACUCAACAUUACCAUUAGUAUUUUCAUUGCAAUAAUUUCCCCGCGUUUUGUGAGGUGUAUCUUUGUUUCUUUCCGUUUCUCUGUCUCGUUUAUUUCAGACCAUAUCAAAUAUUAGAUGGCAAUCAAAGGUUGCGUAUGAAUUGCUCCUGAUAUUGACCCUUGUGUUGGAAUCUCAGCUUGCCAUGCAACUUUCUACUAUCUAUGCUUAAGCCCAACGCUUCACAGUUUCAACGACAUCGUUGCAAUAUCACGAGCCCCACCAAGGGCCGAAUCAAAAAAAAGACAAGUUACCCCAAAUAAGACAAGAACAAAAAUAUUGAACCCCUCAAAAGCGACCUGCGAAAAUGUUUCUUGAUGGCUUCAUAAUCCUUCCCGGUGAGAUAAUAUUGUGAUGACUGAUAGGGCAUUAGGCCCACCUUUUGUAUUAUUUUUGGUGUUCAAAUGGUUGUGAAUCUCAAUGUUCAGUUUACGUGCCAUUCACUCACUUAAGUUCAGGCAUCAAUGUUGCUCAAUAAACCAAGAUAUUUUCAAAUCGUCA